AUGGAUAGUCUUAAAGAAUUCCUUGCUCCUAAAACAUUUAACCGGUUCAGCUUUGUUGUAAAUAUUUGCUGGAUUUUGCUCGGAGUAACUCUAUCAGCGAUCUUUCUCGACGCGGAAACCAGCGAAUCGAGAUUUGAUUUUCGCUGUGGCUCAAAUGGUGACAAGGAACUUAUCCGUGGAAAGUGUUACGAACAGUACGAAAAACAGUAUCAUAAAUUCGGCAUUCCCGUGUAUGGUUUCGUGAUCCUAAACUUCUUUCUUACUUCAAGUGUUUGUGUAGUUUACUCACAAGCGGUGAAGGCGAGAGUUUGUGAACUUGAAGCCAAUUUACAGGAUGUAGAAAAUCAGACUCAACUGAGAAUCGGGAACCAAACCCGGAAAAAGCUUUUCACGGCGUACUGCUUACAGCUUGUUGCUAGAUUUCUUCUUGGAAUUAUCUUUGUCCUUCUGCAGACCAACCUACUCUAUCCUCGUGGCUUUCCCUCGAACUUUAACUGUAAUUUAGCCAAAGAGGGCAAUUUUACUAACAUUACAGUCACUGCUACCGAGUGUCAUAAUCAGCGAGCAACUAAGAAAACCUUCUGGUCUUAUGCCGUGAUCGUAGUAACUGGAACUUUUGCGCUUCUUGUAUUUAUCGAAGUUCUCUGUAUCCUGUGGCGUGCAAGAAGGAGAGAAAGGUUCAUGGAGGACCAGCAAUUUUAUAAACAUUACCUGAAAUCGAAUUCAAAUGCCUCUCCAAAAGAACCGCAACAACAAGAGUUAACUGAGGUAGUCACCCAGGGUGAUGUCAAUCAAACCGAGCAACCAUCAACCGCUGCAUCGAGCAACGCACCACCGUCCUUCAACGACACUAACAGAAACGCGCAAACAUCAGUCGGCACGUUCCAAGAACGAAUGAAAAACUAUAUCCGAACAGUCACCGAUCGACCUUUGUGUGAUCUUAAAUCACCUUUUCAUCGUAAUCCUGGUGAAGGCCUUGGAACAAAUCUAACGCUUGACAAAAUCUACACCAAUUUGAUUAUUCACGAGGGCAGGGCUUAUUUAGAUCAAUUGACUGGAGACAGAGGGGAACAGCUGAAAAAAUACCUCAGAGCCAACGCAAACCUAAAACCAAAAAGGCCAGCGGAUGUUUUUGAUGCUGAAAAGCAAAACAUUCUUGUUGUCGGUCAUCCUGGAACUGGCAAAACUUUGUUUUGUACGAAGAUUCUUCGCGAUUGGGCUUGCGAUAACUUGUUCAUUGGAGAACAAAACGAACAAUUAGAUUUCCAAGUCGCUUUUCUCGUCAAGCUGAGGAUGUUGAACCGCAUAGCUGAUCAAGAACUCAAUCUUCGCGAACUACUGGAGUAUUCAGAGUAUUCAACCCCUCUAUCCGAUGAGCCGGAUGAAGUCUGGAAGUACAUUCGUCAAAACCCAAAUAAAGUUCUUGUGAUUUUUGAUGGGUUUGACGAAUAUUCUGGCAGGACUGAAAUUGAUAAUGACGACACUUUGUACAGAAACUGGAAAGAAGACAGGAUGCCUCUUCAUUCCCUGCUCAAGAAGAUCUUAUCUGGGAAAAUUCUCGCUGGUGCCACAGUGUUAACGACUACAAGACCCACUGCCGUGUCAUGUUUUGGAAGUCUUUGCUUUCACAAAGCGGUUGAAAUACUGGGAUUUACACCACAGCAAGUGGAAGAUUAUGUGGAAAAGUUCACAAGCGGCGGGCACAAAGCAAAAACUAUAAAGGAGCACAUCAGAAGUAACCUCAACCUCCUAUCCUUUUGCUACAUUCCCGUGAAUUGUUUCAUCAUUUGUUCGUGCUUUCUGAAGUUGCUCAUUGACAACUCUGCUGACCACCUCGGCUGCCUUUCCACAAAGCUAACAGAAAUAUACUCCGUUGCCAUCAAGAUCUUUUACUUCUGUUAUGACGAUGACCGAUACCGCCACCAUAAAGACAAUGGUAGAGACUUUUACCUUAAGCCAUUUAAGGAAUUGCCUGAAGCUGUGACCAGGGUGUUUAGCAGGCUAGGAGAAAUUGCUUUUAAUGGAAUUCAACAAGGAAGACUUGUUUUUGAAUCACAGGAAGUCAACGACCUAGAGAAGAAUGGCUUGUUCCAGCGUUUACCUGAUACUAGCAGCGGUUUAAAAGAGGGAAAAGCCCAAUACUGUUUUCUCCAUCUGACUGUGCAGGAGUUUUUUGCAGCAAAGCAUUUGGUGGACACCAUGAGUCACGAAGAACUGAAGACAUUUGUUUCAGAUCACAUUAAGGAAGGAUCGUGGAAAGUUGUGAUGCAGUUUGUGGCUGGACUGCUGGAACAAGAGGAACAGUCAACUGAUAUUUUCAGCGGCCUUCUUCCAUUAUCAUCUGUUACCAGAGAAACUACAAGUUUCGAAAUCAGGAGAGAAGAGUUAGAGGCACGAACUGAAACAGUUACCUGUUGGCCAGCUGAGGGAGACAGAGAACUAGCGGUGACUUUAUUCAACUGCAUGUAUGAGAACAAUUCAUCCGGUUUAGAAGUUCAAAGGAGAUUGGCCCAAAUUGAUUGCAAUGCGCUCGAUUUUAGUUCUUGUCGCUUGUCACCUCUUGAUUGUUUAACAUUAGUGCAUGCACUUCAAUCUAGUGGUGAAAAAAUUGUGCAUUUCAAUUUAGUGUCUAACAAUGUUGCUGACCUUGGUUGCAUAGAAAUUUCCAAAUUGUUUGGUGGCAAAGAUCACAAUCAGAGUUUUUGCAACCUAAAACGCUUAGACCUCCGUUCUAACAGGAUUACAGAUGAGGGUGUAAAAUACAUAACUACAGCACUCAUAAACAAUAAUUGCAAACUAAACAGCUUAGGCCUCGAAUUCAAUGCGAUAACUGAUAAAGGUGUAGAGCACUUGACUAAAGCACUCAUAAACAAUAAUUGCAAACUAAACAGCUUAGGCCUUAAAGGGAACGAGAUAACUGAUAAAGGUGUAGAGCACUUGACUACAGCACUCAUAAACAAUAAUUGCAAACUAAACAGCUUAGGCCUCGAAUGGAAUAAGAUAACUGAUAAAGGUGUAGAGCACUUGACUAAAGCACUCAUAAACAAUAAUUGCAAACUAAACAGCUUAGGCCUCGAAAUGAAUGAGAUAACUGACAAAGGUGUAGAGCACUUGACUAAAGCACUCAUAAACAAUAAUUGCAAACUAAACAGCUUAGGCCUCGAAAUGAAUGAGAUAACUGAUAAAGGUGUAGAGCACUUGACUAAAGCACUCAUAAACAAUAAUUGCAAACUAAACAGCUUAGGCCUCGAAGCGAAGGCGAUAACUGAUAAAGGUGUAGAGCACUUGACUACAGCACUUACAAACAAUAAUUGCAAGCUGAAAAGCCUAAGCCUCCCUGGACUUGCAGUAUCUGAGAAAAGUAAAAUUCUCAUUAAUGAUACAGCAAAG